UCUUGUAGAGAAGCAGAGGCGCAAAUACUUGAGGAGCCCACACCUGAAGAUAGUUCAUUCUGUCCGGGUCUCUUCGCUUUCAUCCCACCGGCGAUUGAGAUGUCUAAGGAAUCACUGGACAACCUGGGCACUAUACAGAGUAUGUUACGCUAG